UUAAAGGUUCCUAGAAAUGUAAAUAUGGAGAAGUUGCGUAAUGGGUACUUAUUUCCAGAGAUAUGUAGAAGGAAGGAGGAACACAAGGAGAAGUACCCAGAUGCAAAGGUGAUAAGCCUUGGGGUUGGUGAUACUACUGAGCCUAUUCCAACUAUCAUAACCUCCACCAUGGUUGAGCAAGCUCGAGCUCUAUCAACACGCGAAGGUUAUAGAGGUUAUGGCGAUGAGCAAGGUGACAAGGCAUUGAGAAAGGCUAUAGCAGAUAAAUUAUAUGGACAUGUAGGAAUUAAAUACAAUGAAGUUUUCGUAUCUGAUGGUGCACAAUCGGACAUUUCUCGCCUUCAGCUCCUAAUGGGAUCUAAUGUAACAAUGGCUGUACAAGACCCGACUUUUCCGGCUUAUGUAGAUUCAGGAGUGAUAAUAGGUCAGACUGGUGAGUUCAAUGAGGAAACUAAGAAGUUCAAGAACAUUGAAUACAUGAAAUGUGGACCUGAAAAUGAUUUCUUUCCGGACUUAUCAAACACUUCAAGGACAGAUACCAUUUUCUUCUGCUCACCAAACAAUCCAACUGGCUAUGCUGCCUCAAGGGAACAAUUACAACAACUUGUAGAGUUUGCCAAGGAAAAUGGAUCACUUAUUAUAUUUGAUUCUGCCUAUGCUGCUUAUAUCUCAGAUGAUAGCCCAAAAUCUAUUUUUGAAAUUCCUGGAGCCAAGCAGGUCGCAAUUGAAGUUUCUUCUUUCUCCAAAUUCGCGGGAUUCACCGGAGUUCGUCUUGGUUGGACAGUGGUCCCUGAGGAGCUGAAAUAUGCAAAUGGGUUUCCAGUGAUUAAGGAUUAUAAUCGCAUUGUCUGUACAUGCUUUAAUGGUGCAUCAAAUAUUAUUCAAGCUGGUGGGCUAGAAUGCCUUUCACCGGAAGGCUAUAAGGAUGUGUGCACUGUGAUCGACUACUAUAGAGAGAAUGCAAAAAUCUUGAUUGACACAUUCCAUUCACUUGGAUUGAAGGCAUAUGGUGGCAAAAAUGCACCUUAUAUUUGGGUUCAUUUUCCAGGUUCAAGCUCAUGGGAUGUGUUUAAUGAGAUACUUGAGAAAACAGAUAUAGUUACUGUUCCUGGCAGUGGAUUUGGUCCUGGUGGUGAAGGGUAUAUUAGAGUAAGUGCUUUUGGUAGUAAAGAACAUAUCUUAGAAGCCUCAAGGAGGCUCACAACUCUUUUUAGUCUUUGGUCCUGGUGGUGA